UAUUUUGACAGCGCCUGUGCUCAGAGCGCGUGACGUCAGUGUUGUGUUCUGCUUGUGCUGCAGCGAUGCGCCUCAUCCGCGUCCGUUAUUAUUUCAUAAACACAUCGAUCAUAUUGUUAUGAUAUAUCUACCAAUAUCUGCUUUUGCUUAUUGAUGGUAUUAAUAUGGCGAGCUCUUUCACCAGAGCUCCACCUCAAGGGGACACAGAGACGGAGCGUCUGCUGUCCCCUGUGGUGGGAUACGGCUCCGGUGAUCUGAACGGCGGGGGUCACGCCGGCCCUCCCAAACUGGACAUGAGUGUGUCAGGCUCACGUCUGCGGGCCGAGGAAGAGGAGGAGGCCCUGAGGAGGAAGCUGAAGUACUUCUUCAUGAGCCCGUGUGAUAAAUACCACGCUAAAGGCCGCAAACCCUUCAAACUGGCCCUUCAGCUGCUCAAGAUCAUCAUAGUCACUGUACAGCUGGUGUUGUUCGGGCUCAGUAAUCAGAUGGUGGUGGAGUUUAAGGAGGAGAACACAGACUCCUUCAAGCAUCUGUUCGUCAGAGACUAUGUGGAUGAUUCGGAGGAGCCGCUGUGCAUCCACACACAGAGAGACGUCUAUGAUCACAUCCAGUACGCCAUAGAGCAGUAUCUGGCUCUGCCGCAGACGUCGGUCGGCAGGUAUGCGUAUGUUCGAGGUUCGGCUCUGAACGACAGCGCCCUCUAUCUGUGCCAGCGCUACUACAGGAAGGGCACUAUCGACCCGGUUAAUGACACGUUUGACAUCGACCCUCAUGUUGUCACUGACUGCAUCGGAGUAGAUCCACCACCAGACUCCACGAGUCCAUCACAGAACCACGACAGGAACUUCACCCUCAACUUCCAAAAGUUGAUUAAUGUGACUAUCCAGUUCCAGCUGAAGGCGAUAAACAUCCAGACGAUUAUCAAUAAUGAGAUUCCCGACUGCUACACCUUCUCCAUUACUAUCCUGUUUGAUAAUAAGGCUCACAGUGGUAAAGUGAAGCUGAGUUUGCUCAACGAGGCGUCUAUUAAAGAGUGCAGAGACCCCAAUGUUUCAGGACACGCGGACAGUUACGCGCGCGUGGCGUUCGAUGUGAUGGUGGCGGUGGUCUGCGCUCUGUCUCUGGUGUUGUGUGGACGCUCCAUCCUCAGAGGAAUCAUCCUGCAGCACGAGUUUGUGUGUUAUUUCCGUCGGUCUUUGGGCCGGUCGCUGAGCUUGGGCGAGCGUCUGGAGUUCAUCAACGGCUGGUAUCUGCUGCUCAUCAUCAGCGACAUUCUCACCAUCAUCGCCUCCUUCAUCAAGAUCGCCAUCGAGACCAAGAACCUGUCGUCGUAUGACGUCUGCAGUAUUUUGAUGGGAACCUCCACUCUGCUGGUGUGGGUCGGCGUGAUACGAUACUUCAGCUUCUUUCAGAAAUACAACAUUCUGAUUGUGACUCUACGAGCUGCGUUUCCAAACGUGAUCCGGUUCUGCUGCUGUGCUGCUGCCAUUUACAUGGGCUACUGUUUCUGCGGCUGGAUUGUACUGGGACCCUACCACGCUAAAUUCCGCUCUCUCUCUACGGUUUCGGAGUGUCUGUUUUCUCUUAUUAAUGGAGACGACAUGUUUGCCACGUUCUCGGAGGUGGAGCAGAGCGGGACGCUGGUGUGGGUGUUCAGUCAGCUCUAUCUCUACAGCUUCAUCUCGCUCUUCAUCUACAUGGUUCUGUCGCUCUUCAUCGCACUCAUCACCGGAGCCUACGACAGCAUCACUCAACAAACCCAGGACGUCCCGCAGGUGUCUGAACUGCACCGGUUCAUCGCCGAAUGCACUGACACACCCACCUCUGGAAACUUCCACAGCCCAGAGCCGUCGACCUGCUCGCUCUUCUGCUGCUUUAACUGAGAGACUGGGUUUGUGAAGGGGAUUCUGGGUAAAGCGUUGUAUCUCAGGCACAAGGGAGAGGAAGGGACUUGCACUUCUUUAUGUGUUUGUUUGCAGGUAAAGCUGUUGCAGCUGCACUGAUAGAGCCGAUCUCAGCAUGCAGCUUUUAAACACCUUAUAAUUACUGAGCUGAAUGUGUUUUGCAUAUUCAUGAGCAUCUUGGCUUAGUGAUCAGGACUUGAUACACUAGACCAACUAAAGGGAACUGCUCCCUCUAGAGGCGUGGAGGAGUUACAGCACACAAAAUUACAGAAAAACAUUACGUUUCAGGUGAAUCUCAAAACCAAAUGUGCAGGUGAUAUUUCACCUCAAAAUUGAGAAAUUAUAUUUUGCUUAAAGAAAACAAAGCCUUUUUUAUUAACAUCAUGAUGUUUAGCAUCUUAUUUUAGGAUGAAAUAUGACCUGCACAUGUUCUUUUAGUGAGUUUAGUGAGUUACAGCACACAAACACAGAUGAAAACACACUUUUCCAGCAUUAUAUUUCAGGGGCUUUAGUGAAUCUCACAACAAAAUGUCCAGGUCACAUUUCAUCCCAAAUAAAUAAAUAAAUAAUUGCUUAAAAGAAAAUGAAUCCUGUUUUAGCAGCAUUAUGAUGUUUUGCUUUGUGAGAUUAUUUUCAUGACAGUUAAAAAGGUUUUUGAUUUUCUUUUGUGGUUAUCAUCUAGUUUGUGUUACUGUAGUACAGUAAUAGCUACUUUUUCAGUUUAAAUCUGCAUACAUUUUAAACGCUGAUUCAGCAAAUACAUGAAAUAUAAAUAUAAAACAGAACAGGUUUUGUGGUCUUAUAUGCAAAACAAUAUAAUUUGUAUCUGAUUUAUUUUAGGUUGAUAUAUGAUUUGCACAUUUUCAUGCAACAUUUAACCCUAAAAUUGAAGGCAAAAAAAUUAAUAAUAUUUUGCUUGAAGAAAAGUAAGGAGGAGCCUUAAAAUGUUUUGCUUUGUGAGAUUAUUUUCAUGACAAUUAAAUAUUUGAAUUGUAAUUGAUAUUUCUUUAUUACAGUUAAAGUUAUUUUUCAUUUUUAAUCUGCUUAGAUUUAAGAUUCAGACUGAAGUAAAAUAAUUCCCCGACAUACAAAUAAUUUGAGAGAAAAUGUGUUCAAAAUAAUGUCACAAUUGAACAAAUAUUAAUUCUAAUUUAUUAUAAAAAUACUGCAACAAAAAUAGGUUUUGUUUUCUCAUAUGCAAAAAUAUUUCUUGUUUUUCAUUAAUUCUGAAAUAAGACCUGCACAUUUUCUUGACUGAAUUCAUGAGAUUCGCCUGAAUAUUUUUAUUCCAUUCAUAUGCAUUCAUACUGUGUAUUUUAUAAUUGUAUUCUUUUAUCUCAUUUUUAGAGAAUAUUCUGUGUCUACAGUAUAUUAUAUAUCGCUUAGGUUUCAAAUCCAUGUUAGGAUAUUAGUGCUUUGAUGGCAGAGGAGCGUCACACAGAUGUGUGUGUGUGUGGGUGUGAGUGUGUGAGUGUGUGAGUGUUUUUUUGUGUGAGAGUGUGUGUGUGUGUGUGGGGGGGGUGUUUUUAACAUGAAGCAUAGCUUGCAGGUUUAUUUGGACAUUAAUAUUAAUGUGGACGGUGUAUCGUACUUGUCCCUGGUGCAUUUGCUCCUUUCAGAGCCGUCUCACACAUACACACACACACACACACUCACACACACACACACACACACACACACACACACACACACACACACACACAGUGAUGUUUGAGAAGCCUCGAGUGUCUUGAGAGAUUUUCUCUGCAUAUUGACACAGGACUCAGUCCAUCAGGGAGUUUCAGAGAUGCUUUGAGUGUCUUCUGUGUGUUUUUGGUCCACAGCGAGCUGAUAUCUGUCUAUUAAUCAUUACUAGUUAUUUCUAAACCUUCACCGUGAGGGACCAGACACCAGCUGAUUACUGGAUGUUAUUUCUGAGCUUUCUCUGUACUAUAUUUAUGAUGUUAGUGGUGGACUUUCAGUUUAAUAUCAGAUCUGUUCAUGCGUGACUUCAUCUAGUGCUCAGGAACAGAGACAAUCUGAUUAGAUUUGGUGUUUUGUGCUGGUUUUACUCUGAUGUAACUGUUUCUUCCCAGAAUGCCUUUCUGGUGUAGUGUCAUACUGCUGGGGAUUUUGGGGAUGUUUUAAAGAGGUGUGGGAUUUAAAGUACUUGACUGUUUUAUCUUAAUAUUUUAAUUUGUGUCUAACUGUAAGCUGAGAUGCAUUUGGUUUGUUCAUUUGUGUCAUAAGUGGCAUUAUUUUUAUUUAUUUUUACCAAAGGGAAUAUUUGUUUUAUUUUAUUUUUUUACAAGGCAUCGUUUUGCACAUUGUUUAAGUUUGUAAAUUAUUUGCAGUGAUUAUUCUGAAUGUGUAUCUGUCGUUUUGUGUACAAGACAGAGUUGCUUUCCGUUAAACUGGUUGAUAUAUAUAUAUGCUCUCACAUUUUAACUCAAAUCUCAGCUCUUAAAGUCACAAAUAAAAUCCAUGA